AUGGCAGAUUCUUCGCUCAGCUUUGAUACGCCCGAAUCGCUCAGCCCUUUUCUAAGCCGGACAAACAGUGACCCUCGACCUGUUGUUCUGAUGACUUGUGGUAUGGCAGGGUCGGGAAAGUCAUCGCUUUCUAAAUGGGUGAUACACAAUCACCCCUCUUUCAAAAGGCUUUCAAUCGACUCUUACAUAUAUACUGAGCACGGGCUCUACAGUAUCGAUUACCCAGAAGAUCAAUACAACAACUAUCAAGAGGAGGCCGAGAGCGCCCUCCGAAAUGAACUAGCGCGGAUCCUUCGACAGGGCUCUCAAGAUGUAAUCCUAGAUUUUUCUUUCGCAUUUAAGAAAGCUAGAGAGGAAUGGAAGCACCUAGUCGAAGAGUUUGGGGGGCGAUCUGUGCUUGCAUAUCUUGAUGUCGGUAUUGAUGAGUUGCGGCGGCGGGUCAGGGCGAGGAACCAGUUGACUGUUAAAGAUGGCGACUCGGCUUUUUUGUGA